AUGGCGCCCGGGCCCUCCAUCGCGCCCGCGCCCACGCCGGGGCCAGGCUCCGGGAAGCACCACUUCGACGGGCACAGCCAGGUCAAGGACUUCAUCCAGACGCUGCUCCUCUACGGUGGCUACAACGAGCUCGCCGACAUCCUCGUCAACCUCACCUCCCUCGCCACCGAGAUGGACCGCCUCGUCUCUGAGGGCUACGUCCUCACCGUGCUCGCCCCCAAUGACGAGGCCAUGACGCGCGCGCGGUCGCGGGCGAGCGACCCGCCCUCGCCGCAAGGCGCGGGCACGGGUUCUCGGCCGCUGCUGCCGUGGGAAGCCGGCGCCGCACCGCCGUGUCAGCGUUGUGCCAGUCGAUCUCCUCCUCGGAGGGGCGCACUGCGUCCGCGAACUCGCGCGCGGCAGCCAGCGCCGAUGUGA